AUGUUGACCAUCGGUGGCUACUGGUGCAUGAUUCUCGCUUUCCCGGGAUCACAAGGUUACAACCAAAAUAUGUCACGAAAUAUGUAUGGACUUUAUGAAGUGCCUGAAAAUACGGGUGCGAAAGCUCCGCAGGAGUGUAAAGUGCUGCGAGAGAAGGCGCUUGGUAGCAGAAUGCAAGUGUCGACAGUGGGUUCAAAUUAA